CAAGCCCUGCUCCAGAAGGCUGUCAGGGUGAUGCAGCCACUGGGGCAGGUGGAGACUGACAUCUGUCUCCAUUCUUGGGCUGGGGAGCGCAGGGUUCCUGCACAGGACUCUGUCCCGGCGGUGGAGGCAGUGCAGCCCAGGAGAAGAUCCUUCUGGAAGGCUUCAGGAGAGCUGGACUGUGCCUUCUGAAGACCAGUGUGAGAUUGAUGGAGGAGCCCCAGGAGGGCAGCUCUGACUACUGCCGUUCCCAACAUCGUGGGUGCUGCUGCUGAGGAGGCCUGCGCCCCUCUGGCCCUCACCAUUGCCCUUGCCUCCCAAUGGCCUCUGCUGUCAGGCCAGAGGCCAGCACUGCUGCCUGAGUCCGCUGCCCCUCUCCAGGACUUGCCGUUCCCUGAUGGGGUAACGUGACAGACGCCCGGAUCAGAGGCUGCCUGCCCACCACGGCCCAGGGCUGCCAGAGCUGGUUGAGUUCAAGUUCAUUUUCCCUUUGGUCCUGAGUGCUGGGGUCCAGCUCUGAGCAAAGGGGACUCUCCUCUAUCCACCCAUGCAGAGAGGGUGUCCCCAGCAACGGCCCCAUAGAGGACACUGCUCUGAGGCCAGAGCCAACAACUUGAAGUUCUCUUUGCUUGGGUUUUUUGGUUGUCGUUAUUUUUAUUUUUGUCUCCUUGUAACUACUCCACUCUGAGAGACAGGACUUUGGAGCUGCCCAUCUUGCUGGAGGAGGGGGUUGUUUGCCUCUCUCUCUCUCUUUUUUAACAAUUGGGUUUUUUUGGAAAUAUCCACCACCAGGCAGCUUCCUCUCUGUCUCCCAAGUAUUUGCACAAUAUUUGUGCGGGUUGUGGGGGCGAGGUUUUUAAGAAGUCUUUUCUUUUUGGACAAGCACGGGGAUCUCACUGGACUUGGUGUGGGGGGCUGGGGGACCCCCCGCGCAGCCCUUGCUGGCCAGUCCUCUCUGGGUCCCCGGGGGAGGCAUGGCCCGCAUGAACAGGCCCGCGCCUGUGGAGGUGAGCUACCGAAACAUGCGUUUCCUCAUCACCCACAACCCCAGCAACGCCACGCUCAGCACUUUCAUCGAGGACCUGAAGAAGUACGGGGCUACCACUGUGGUGCGUGUGUGCGAAGUGACCUAUGACAAGACCCCUCUGGAGAAGGACGGCAUCACUGUUGUGGACUGGCCCUUUGAUGACGGAGCGCCCCCUCCUGGAAAGGUGGUGGAGGACUGGCUGAGCCUGCUGAAGGCCAAGUUCUACAAUGACCCGGGCAGCUGCGUAGCUGUGCACUGCGUGGCGGGUCUGGGAAGGGCUCCCGUGCUCGUGGCGCUCGCCCUCAUCGAGAGCGGGAUGAAGUAUGAGGAUGCCAUCCAGUUCAUCCGGCAGAAGCGCCGUGGGGCCAUCAACAGCAAGCAGCUUACCUACCUGGAGAAGUACCGGCCUAAGCAGAGACUGCGGUUCAAAGACCCACACACGCACAAGACCAGAUGCUGCGUCAUGUAGCUCAGGGCCUGGCCCUGUGUACCCUUUACUCCUGUGCCUCAUUGCAUCUGCGUCUGAGGAGUCCAAUGGCUGUGUGCGUUCCUGAUCUGUCCCUGUCUGUGCCCACGUCUGUCUUUUUGAGGCUGUCCCUGAACCUCCUGCCAGUCCUGUCCAACCCCUCCACCCCCCUGACCAGGCCUGCUCCCUGGCCUGUGGAUUGCAGGUGGGUGUUUUUAACCACUGGGCCCAGUGCCUCAGCGGCGCCGCCCUCACCCUCACCUUUUUUCGGCACCUUUGUUACCGGGUGCUCUGGACUCUAAAGGCAAUAAAUCAGGAGCUGUG